UUUAGUAUGAAAAGUCCCGAACAAUACGUUUUGUUUUGGCUGUAAGUGUAAAUCUGAAAUUUCAUGCGAACGGUGUGGAUAUUAUCACAAAUUAUUACCACAAUAAUUGCAGAAUACGGAUGGCCUCUCGAGAAGAGAACAGGAACAGACGGCACGGCUCCCAUGGUGAAAGUGAAUUACCGGAUCUUUAUAGCAUUUUUAAAGGAGAGAUAUCAUCUGUACAGCCAUAUGGAGCAUUUGUGAAAAUUCCUGGUUUGAAGAAGCAAGGUCUUGUGCAUAAGUCUCAGCUCUCACAGUCAAGAGUGGACAACCCUGCCGAAGUAGUAGAUGUUGGUGAAAGUGUCUACUGCAAGGUCAUUACUCUUGAGAAUGAUAAAAUUGGUCUGUCUAUGAAGGUGGUCAACCAAGGCACUGGCAAAGAUCUAGAUCCAAAUCAGGUUCAAUCCAGCCAAGAUGCUCAAAGAAGAAAACAAGGUUUUAUAUCCAAACAGGAUAAAAUAGAACUUGGUGCUGUAUUAGAUACAACAUGUAGAAAGUGUGGAGGAAAAGGUCACCUCUCCCAAGACUGCUUUCAUAUACCUGGACAAAAAUCUUACGAACUGCUCACUGAGGACCCCCUUGAAACAGUAAUAAAAGAAAAACAUGAAGAUGGAAAAGAAUUUCAAGACAAAAAGAAAAAGAAGAAAAAGGAGAAGAAACACAAACACAAGACAAAGAAAAAACAUAGAGAUUCCACAGAAAGUAAGAAGCACAAGAAAUCUAGCAGGCACCACAAGCGUAGCAACAGUAGUGAUAGCAGUUCAGACUCUGAUUCAGAACCUAAGUACAAGAAACACAAGAGGUAGUAUUUGGGAAACCUUACACAGGGCAUCAAAAUAAACCAAAAGGAACAGAUCAUUACGAACUGGUGUCAAGAAGUUGUUGAGGAGGCAUGUUCAGAUAAGUCAGGGCUGAGGAAAAGUAGUCUGACUCAUUCCUCGCCCAUUGAUCAAAUGGAUUCUGUGCUGCAACUGCAUGUCAUCUCUAAAACAAUGGAUAGGAGUAACAUCACAGCUCAACUGUAGCACUGCUUAAAGUCUUGCUGAGGGCAGAACAGAUUUUAGACAUGUACCUUGUAAGGUUGAGCCUGUUCAUGUAUUGUGCACUGGGAUUUUAAGAAAGGUUGAGGAUAGCACAUUCAUUGCAAAGAAAUGAAUGCAAGAUUUCUGAGGAAAAAAAAAAGAGGAAAAAAGAUCAAAUUGAAAUAAUCAAAAUAAAAUCCGAUAUAAAUCCACACUUUUCAAACUGUAUUUAUAAUUUUAAAAAUUGAGUAUAUUCACACAGGUGAUGAGUAUACAUUUUCUGUGAGCAAGCAUAUCAGUUCCAUUUGUAUUGGAAGAUGGUGUAAAUAAUAAAAACUUUGAAUUACAACUUGUCAUCUUGUGUUAGGAGAGUUUUAAAAUGAAAUGUUCAGAACAAAUUGCUCUUGUAUUGCAUAUUUAUUUUAUGAAUAUAAGACUUGGCUGUUGUAUGUCUUAUUGGUGAUAAUAAAUGUACCAGCUGGACCUGUCCAGGAAUUCA